AUGGUCAUAUAUUUCACCUGUGGGUUGCUGUUGGCGUAUCUUGCUCUACCUGGCACCUUACUCGGGGAUUUGAUUUUCCGAUGCCCAAGUUGCACUGCAGAGCGUUUAGCGGCCUGUCCCAAAGUCACAACAAUAUGUGCAGAGAUCGUGAGGGAGCCAGGCUGCGGCUGCUGUCCGGUGUGCGCCAGGCUGGAGGGGGAGCUCUGCGGGGUCUACACACCGCGAUGCUCCACCGGCCUGAGAUGCUACCCCAGCACGGAUGCUGAAUUACCCUUGCAACAGCUCAUCCAGGGUUUAGGACGGUGUGCACAAAGAGUGGAGCUAGAAGUCACGACUAGUCAAGACAACCCGGCUACAAAUGAGGUGCAUGGGACUGAGGGUCCACCCAUGAAGAGACCAACCAAGGACACCAGGUUCAAAGCGUCUGCCAAGAAGCAACACCAGAAUGAGCUCAAAACCAAGAUGAAGUUGAAUCCAGGAGAGGAACCUCGCACCCAAAGACUGCCUCAGAGCUUGUGUCAACAGGAGCUGGACAAGGUCUUGGAGGAGAUCUCCAAGAUGACCUUACAGGAUAACAGAGGCCCGCUGGAGAACCUGUACGAGCUCAAAUUUCCAAACUGUGACAGACAUGGACUGUACAACCUCAAACAGUGCAACAUGUCUACCCACGGCCAACGGGGCGAGUGCUGGUGCGUUAACCCCUUGACAGGAGUCCAGAUUCCAGCAACGCCAAAAGUCCGAGGGGACCCUAACUGUAACCAGUUCCAGGAGGAGCUCAGGGUGCUGCCCACUGCAGCGGCCCUCCGCUAG